AUGGGAGAAAGCGGCGUAAGAUACCGAGGCAAAAGCAAUGGACAGAAUGAGUCAAAUAAAGUACAUGAGAAAGAAGUAACAGAUGAAGAAUUUGUUGAACGGGAAUCUCCUCUCACCGUUCUCAUAGAAUCUUCUCUACACCUCAGAGCAAUAUACCACAUAUUCGUCGUUAUACUUGUUGUUCUCUUCUGCGAUACCCUCAUAUACGACUUGGUCGAGAAUGGAAAGUUAAAUGUUGGAAUAGGUAUGGUUAUUUACGGAUUUGGAGAUAUUGGACGUGGAUUUAAGUUAUGGAUAUACGAAUUGUCAGUUGCACUUUUGUUUUAUCCUUUACUAUUGGUCUACGCCUGGCUCGGAAACCUGUCCAGAAAAUACCCAGUGCUACGACAUGCAACAACUCAACUAGGGCUACUUGGAUUGAUUGGCGUUCAGCUUACGUUGUCAUCGAUCCCUGUUUAUGAUCUCGCUAGAAGUCAUUUGGAGCUUGGGUCUUCAGCGACCGUCUCUACCGAAAUGUUCCGGUUCAUGAUGAAAAUAGUGUCGAUAGCAGUGGCAUGUGGACCAAGAUGUCUUAGCGGUAAAAAACCUUUGCCAACGUUCCAACAUUACGUCUACUUCCUAUUUGCGCCGACCCUUUUAUACAGAGACCAAUACCCCAGGACAAAGAAAAUAAGAUGGGGCAGGGUCGUUGUUUAUGUUUUGGAAGUGGCCGCCAUUUUAUUUUACAACUGUUUUCUUUGGGAGAGAUUCAUCAGACCUUACUGGUCGGAUUACGGCAAACAGAGACGGGUUGAGGCCGGAACUAUCGUGCGUGGAAUGUUCGCGUGUGUGCUUCCAGGCGUACUAUGCUUUCUGUGCGGUUUCUACUGCCUACUUCACGCCUGGUUAAAUGCUUGGGCCGAAAUAUUAAAGUUCGGAGAUCGACUUUUUUACGAGGACUGGUGGACUACGUCCUGCUUCUCACGGUAUUACCGACGCUGGAAUCGCGUGGUUUACUGCUGGUUACGUGAUCACAUCUAUGUUCCUCUAGCACCAUCACUAGGACGUCCUGUGUCCACAUUUAUAGUAUUUGCGGUGUCCGCGGUUGCCCAUGAGGUAAUCCUUGCAUUAUCAUUUGGAUUCUUCUAUCCUGUACUGCUGGUGAUUUUCGGAGUCUUUGGGGUAUUAAUGGUACCACUUACUGCGACUAGUGGACGCCGUUAUCCUAAUAUAUUCAAUUUACUUAUGUGGCUUUCAUUCUUCAUUGGAAACGGGCUUCUGAUGAGUUUGUACUCGAUGGAACACUUCGCUCGCAAGAACUGUCCAACAUCGAAGGACGACAGUUUCUUUAUACCCAAGUCAUGGUCUUGUAUAGAAGUCAUCCUGAAACCUGGCUGGACAUUCCACAACCCUUUUAGUGUCUAG